UUUUGCAGUUACUCUUUGUGCACUCCGGAGUCAUUUGACCAACACUGACCUUGAUAUGUAUCACAUUGUUGAAUUUAAUACAACAAAGGAAGUAGAGGUUGUACCAGACAACUGGGUAAAUAAUGAUAUAUGCAGAUGGCCAAAAUUUUAAAAUAGGGGAAGAAUGAGGGCUGCUGUAAUUUCCAAAGAAGUACCAACUGUAGACUGGGAUACAUUUGCUGUCCGUGUAUAUACAAGUGAGUCUUUCCAAGCUGCUAGAAGCAAGCUGCCAAGAGCAGAAAUUGUGUCAGAUCUACAGACAGCAGAAGAAGAUAAUGUACCUGCUGUAAAAAAAAGAAUCAGAAGGAUAAAUAGAAGAUUUCUCGAAUCUGACAGUGAAAGUGAAGGUGAAAAGAAAGCUUAUAAACCUCCUGCCAAAAGAGCCAGGCCUCACUUUGCAGAGGCACCACAGGUGACUCCACCAGACAUGAAUAGGCCUGUCACUUCAGUUUUAAUACCUUCAGUCAUUCACCAGCAAACCGUUCAGGAACAACCAAGCCCAGUAUGUGCAGUAAUCGGGAGGGAAAUUUUAACUGUAUUAGAGAUUCUGCGACAACAACAAAAUGAAAUGCUAGGCCUACUUAGGUCCAUCACAAUUGCAUUAGGAAAAAAUCAUCCAAAACAAAUUGAGGAAUUUACUGCUCCACUUGCAAACGAAUCCCAGUUCAGACAAUUUGACAUUAACCUCAAGGCAGACUCUGAUCUUCAGAAGAGACUAAUUGAGUGUUUUGGUUUUUCUGGAGGUAUGACUGUGAAGGAAACUGUUUGGAGAAUUAUGCAAAAACAAAUGACCUGGCAAAAAAAAUAAACUGGACAGGAGCAAAUGAAAAAAUUCCAUUUAAAUCGACCAAACUGAAAGAUAUAAUCUUGGCUGCUGUCAGGAGAAACAGUUUCACUGCAAACGCAACGGAUGGGGAAAUAGAAAAACACAUAAAAAGGUGGCUUCAGCUUUCUGGGGACAGGGAAGGAGGAAGAAAGGACAGAGAAAAGAGACAUGAAAGGAAUAGUCAAGUUACUGAAUGAAGUUUCACUACAAAAAGACAAGGGUUUAACAAGAAAUUAAUUGGGUUUAUCUAGCUUAAAUAAAAAAAUGUCAAUGAAAAAAUAUGAAAACUAUUUAAAUUGCAUUAACUCAUUAAGUAUCCAUAUAUUAUUUUUUAAAAUUGUAUUAUAUAUUUUUUUGUUUCAAGUGAAAGGUUUUAAUUAAUUUAACGUGUAAUUUAUGGAAUACAAUUAUAUGACAGUGUGUUUUUUUAAUACAAUGAUAUAUAAUAGCGAUUACUUUCAAUGUGUUAGAUUAGUAAAUACAAUAUUACAGUAAUAUCAGUACAGUGUAUCUUUUGCUCUUAUUUAUUUGGUUCAGAAUAUUUUACACAUUUACUUUAAAGGCCUUAGUUGACUAUAAUAAAUUUUAACUGUUUAUUGCUUAGUAAUUGUUCAUUUACUGCUGAGAAUUGUUUUUAAUUAAAUGCAUUCAAUGUAUUAAAUAUCUGUUUUUUUCUACAGUAAACAUAAAUAAUUAUGACUCAUAUACAAUUACAACUGCAAUAUCCUAUCUAUUAUCUUUUUUGCCUGUCAUCAAAAUUUUCACUUUCCUGAAGUAAGUGACUUCAUUAUCAAUUAAAUGAUCAAAUAUAGUACAGAUGUCAAACAUGAGGUAGAUUGCCUGAUACCACUGUGUAUCUUUUUAAACAGUAAUUUGCAAUUAUAUCAUUUGAUAAUACACCUAUUUUACCUUCUGUACUUAUACCUGUCCUUCUUUCAUCAGCAGCUUCAACUUCCUGUUUAAUCAUCUGAACUGAUCUUCUCAAACCAAUAAUUGAAGACCAGUGUGAGGCAGGAAAUUAUGGCUAUUAUAUAAUUAUUUUUUAUUAUUAACUUAUAAUAAAUAAAAAUACUUGAUAAAAA